AAAGAAAAUUGAUUGAAAGAAACAUGCUCGUCAAAUAAAGGUACUUCGUUGAGUGAGAGGUUAAAAAUAUGAUUGAAAGUGAAAAAAAUUAACACAUAGUUGAAGGUGAUGAGGUUGGAAAAAGUAACUUAUUGCCAUGAGAAGUUUUUCCAAAUUUGGGGGGUCAUUUAGAAACAUGGAUCUGUAGACUGCAAAAAAUAAAUGUAAUGUAAAAGCUUGAAAAAAGUGCGAAAAAAUCUUCGACAUAGCAGCAGACUCAGUUCAGAUCGGAACUAAAUUACUUCAUGAUUACAAGAAAAAAUAGCCAAUGUGGUCAGUGAACUUGUGUUUCUCACGUUCCUUUAACAAAAAAAUUGACAAGUUCGAAUUCUAAUUUAAUUUAAAAAAAAAUAUCGGGACUAUCAUCACUUGAAUACAAGUGCUAGCAAGCUAAGUUAAGCAAGUUCAAAUAACCCAUUAAAAAUAUUUAAAUUUGUACUAAUAAUACGUGUAAUUCAAAUGAAAUGAAAAUUAGUUGCAAUGUUGAAAUCUCACUGUGGACCCACUAGCUUUGACCACCAUUUGUUACUGUUCAACGGAAGCCGAUUUAUUCUCACGUCUUUGGCCUCCGAAACAAAAGUGUUGCUGAUGACUAGACGAUAAAUGACAGUGAAUUGGAGUUGCGGAGAGCUAACGCUUUCUGAAUGAUCCACGCUCCAAUGCACGAAAGCGAUUUCAAAACAACAACAAUGUCGAAAUUUAAAUACCCAAAUGAAAAAUGAUAAAAACCCAUAAUACUGUGCAAGGUUAUGGACACAUAUCACCACGGACAGACUGGGGAAAAGUUACAACCAUUUUCUAUGCCAUUGUAGGCAUACCACUCAUGUUGCUAUGUCUAUCCAAUAUCGGAGAUGUAAUGGCCACCUCUUUUAGAUUCAUAUAUUGGCGUGUUUGUUGCUAUGUUUGCACACGCGCUACGCGACGCCCACGCCGACCGCGACAACGCUCUGGACGCGGCCAACGGUAUACUUCACGUUCACAGCCGCCACCAAUACGCCGUUCAAUGCGUCUCACCCAGCGCUCCAUGGCUGAUUCUGGUUUCGGCAACUCUGAUGGACUACAACAUGCGUACUCGGAUCCGGAAUUGCGUUCCGGGCGACAUGAUUACGAAGGCGGACGUAACAGUGGACGACGACAUCAUUACAACAGUCACUCACAACGCAGCCGGCAGAUACCACCUUAUCAAUAUGGCCAGCAGUAUUACGAUGAGGGUCCACGGCAGACACAGACACUUAAUCGUGGUUCAAGGUUCGGACGCAGCAUGCGCAAUCGCGAAAGCAUGCGCGGUCGACACACGGUCGAGCGUGAGCGUUACAUUGGGCAUCCGAAACAGCGAUCAGACUCCUUUGAAGAUUUUAACGCGCCACAAUCGAAGCGUUCGUACAACAUGCGAUCAGUGCGCGCAUCAAGCGCACGCCGCGAUGUUGGCCCGUUACCGGAAGCGUUACGCCAUGACGCACGUGAUGCACAUGCAUUACGCGUGGCGCCGCCACGUGAAUCGAGAGAAAUGCGCGAAAUCAAUAGAAUGAAUCCGCGCACCAUGCAACGCGGUCGUUCAGUGCCGCAUGCGCCACCAGCGGCACGCGCAAAAUCCGUAGAUCCACGUAUGCACUAUGACGCCGCCGUCGAUGAGGAAGUUGUGCGCAAAACACCCAUCAUACCCAAUCGAUAUGCAAUUGAUGAACUCGAUCAUUAUCGCGAGCCUCGUGGCAAACAUAUGUCACGCAGUCAGUCUAUGCCGCGCUCGGCGCUACAAAAAAAUAGUUUUAACAAAGAUCAGCGCAGUAACGGCGUUAGUUCGUAUCACUCACAUCACAAUCAACCGCGUCACGUAUCUCCGCAACCACCACAUCGCCAGCACUCUGGACAUCACUCGCAUUAUGGCGAUCGCUUGGAAUUGCCUGAGUUCACUCACUCAAUGAACCACACAAAACGCGGUCGCUCACCGGCGCCCAUCGAUGAUUACGACGAUGAAUUCGAUGAUUAUUAUUUAGAUGAUCGUGAUGUAUACUACGAUGACUAUGAUAAUCGUGAGUUGGCAUACCAACCCAGGCAUAGAGAUCGGCGGUAUAGAAGAGAGCGUCCGGAACGCUUACCGCCUUCACCGCGCAUCAUGUCUCCCAUGGGCUUUCCUGUAAAGCGCCAGAUACGUCGCCGCUACAGCUACGAUUACGAUGACGACUCUAACUAUGGUGACGAUUGGAGCGACUACUACGGUGAUAUAUCGCCAAAGGAUCGCCCAGUGCCGAUCUGGCUUUGCGUAUUUUUGGUCAUCAGCUAUAUUUUGGGUGGCGCGGCACUUUUUGCUUACUGGGAGAAAUGGUCGUUUUUGGACUCUGCCUAUUUCUGUUUCAUAACUUUAACCACAAUCGGUUUUGGCGACUUCGUGCCCGCUAAAGGUGUGAAAGACGAAUCGGAGCAGUCCAUCGCUUACUGUUCGCUAUAUUUGCUCUUCGGCAUAGCACUACUGGCGAUGAGCUUCAAUCUGGUGCAAGAGGAAUUCAUUUCCAACGUCAAAGAAGUGGCGCGACGCUUGGGAAUUUUAAAGGAUGAAGAAGACGACGAUUAAAGUGUUACGAGAAAUUGUUUAUUUUUAUUUUUCGUUUUUUUGUUGUUUUACAAAUCAGCAAAAGAGAUUAAAAAAAAAGUACAAGCAAAAUAUUUACAUACAAAUAUCGGUUUGAAAGUGAAGCAAUUUUAAAUUGUAUACAUUUAAAAUUAAACAUACAACAAAGUAAGAUUAAGACAUUACUAAAAUACCAUAAGUUUGAAUCGAAUUUUACAAAAACAUUCAAUGACGACAGUAAAUGAACCGACACAACGAAGGUACCGCUGCAUAUUGAUACUACUCAUUUUACUCCUCAUAUAAUUAUAUAUAGUAUUUAUAUUUAUUGUAUUUAACUUUUAAAAAGCUGUAUUUAAUGCAACAAAUUUUCAUUGUAAAUUUUUGUUGUGAUUGCAUGCGAG